AUUGGGAAUAUUAUUGUAGAGUAAUGUGGCAUAUCAUUGGGAUUCUAGUUACUGAUUUCUUUGGUAUUAGCACAGAAAACAGUAGUAAGAGGCAUGAGGGGUGGGGAAGCAUGUACAUCAUAGAGAAGAACCAAAAUCAGUGAAGGUACUUCCCAAAGUAGAGUUCUUCUGCAUUCUCCACAUCCCCGGGAGGUCUCAUGGGGCCCUCCUUGCACACAGGCUGGCCUGUGGGAGCGCUCUUGCUGCUUCCAGUGUGCAGCCCGGCCCUCAGAUCCUGUGCAGAGGAAGACCACCUUGGAACCCAGAACUUGAGUUUGCAUGCUCUCACGUCCUUGUACUCCUAAAGGCUCUUGAGUGUUCUAAAAUUGUGUGAUACAGUGCUUUGGUGGCCCCUGGCAAUUUGGAAAGUCAACCUAGCAGUCAAAGCUCACAUUUUUGAAGGAUGAACCAUUCCCAGGACAGCGGCUCUCGAGGCAUGCCUGAAGACAGAAAACUUUAUAUUGUGGACUCCAUAAAUGACUUAAACAAGCUAAACCUCUGUCCUGCCGGAUCACAGCACCUGUUCCCCCUCCAGGAGAAAAUCCCAGACGUUGGCACUAACUCAGGAAACGGAAGUCAUAGUCUAUUUUUUAUGGGGCUGAUAAUUGUACUGAUCGUCAGCUUGGCACUGGUUUCCUUCGUGAUCUUUCUAAUAGUUCAAACUGGAAACAAGAUGGACGACAUGUCAAGAAGACUAACAGCUGAGGGAAAGGACAUAGACGAUCUUAAGAAAAUCAACAGCAUGAUUGUAAAGCGACUCAAUCAGCUGGAUGCCAAACAAAACUAAAGAAAGAGCACUGUCCAGGCAUGCGCAUUUCUGCAGGAACAGAGUCUCUGGUUCCUGAGCCCAGGCCUGGGGCCGACUUCCUGCUGCAGGGACAGGAGCAGCUCAAGGCAAAGGGCUAUGGGGGUAGCAGCCAGAAAAGGGCUCAUUUUAUGGCAGGGUCCUUCUGCUUCAUUGGGGUUAAGGGCGGCUGACAUGAAGGAGAACCAACAGUGAGCAAGAAAACUCGACUCCAUACCUACACCUUCUCUUACAAAAGGAGCUGUGUCACCAGAAUAAGUUCACUGUGCCCGUGAGGUUCACGGCACCUUAUGCACCUUUAUGAAUUCCUGUGACAGCCUAACGAAUUCAGUGAAUUGUUUUCAAGGGAACCAGGUGAUAACUCUUUUCAAUAAAAGAAAUCCUGCUCAGGUGAUUAAACUUGGACUCUUAUUUUUCCAGGGACACGGGGGUGGGCGAACUUCACAGCCAGGUGCCCUCGUAUUUGUGAGUCGGAUUGAUACGUGUAUGGUAGGGUGGGGGUCAAAAGAUCAAGGCUAAUUGAUUCAACUAAUGUUCAUUGAGCUCUUACUUUGUACAAAGUGUCUGUCUACUUUAGAAGAGUUUACAUUCAAUUGGGGAGCAAAGGAAAUAAGGGUUAUAUAUAAAUUAUAUAAGCUUUGUUGGAUUCCUUUCUCAUGAAAAGAAAUCCAUCAGUGUUCUGAUUAAUUUUGAAGAAAUCUGCUAGGUUUGUGGUCUUUACUAAACUACAGUAGGAAAUUGCAUAUUUGGAAUAUUGGAACCUGCCCCGUUUUAGCCCAAAAGGUACACAGUUCAUGAUAAAAGAUAUGGUGUGAUACAAAUGAGCUUAAAAAGCAUAUGAGUCUUAGAAAGUCUUCUAUUUAAUACAAAUAUAUUGUGCAAGUUUAUUGAAGAAUGCAUUGCGAUUCUGUCAUUUUGGGCUGAUCAAAAACCUGUCAUUAACUAUUAAACACAUACACACACGUUUACAUUUUACAACACUGGUUGAUG